AUGCGUCGAGCUAGCUUCAUAAUAACAGCAUCAUCAUACAAGCCAUUGCUAUGCAAUCGCAUCUUCCCCCGUCAUAGCUCAACGGCCUUAGCUAUAUGUCAUGCCAAGUAUGGUGAUCCAGCCAAAGUUCUGAAGAUUCAAAAGAUACCUCUCGGAAGCGUUUAUGACAACAAUGUGAAAAUCAAGUUUUUGGCUGCUCCCAUCAACCCAGCUGAUAUAAACCAGAUACAAGGAGUGUAUCCGGUCAAACCGAUAUUUCACCCUGAAUUUGGAGCUAUUGCCGGAACUGAAGGAGUUGCUGAGGUUGUUGCAACUGGACUUAAGGUCAAGGAUCUACAAGUUGGGGAUUGGGUUAUUCCCGUUGAAGCUGGAUGGGGAACAUGGAGGGACUAUGCUAUAGCCCAGCCGAGCGACCUGCUUAAGCUGAGCAUCAAGGCUGGAGAUAAAGUGUCAGCAUUGAGUGCCGCUUCGAUUACUGUGAAUCCAAGCACAGCUUAUCGCAUGCUGACUGAUUUCGUACUACUGGAACCGAGCGACGUUGUCAUACAGAAUGGAGCCAACUCAGCUGUUGGUCAGGCUGUCAUACAAUUAGCAGCGGCAUGGGGUAUCAAGACAGUUAAUAUUGUCCGAUCAAGGCCGGAUCUACCAGCACUUGUAGACAAACUGAAAUCACUUGGUGCUACGCUGGUCUUGACUGAAGAAGAGUUGGCCACACCAGCAGCCAAAGAGCAAGUCAAGGCUCUGAAAGCACCUCCAAUACAACUCGCAUUGAAUUGUGUGGGUGGUUCUAAUGCUUCGAAUAUGGCGAGGUUGUUGGGUGACAAUGCACACCUGGUAACCUACGGAGGAAUGUCACGACAACCACUAAGUCUCCCCGCAUCAGCCUUCAUAUUCAAACACCUGACCACACACGGAUAUUGGAUGACUCGGUGGUAUCGCACUCAUUCAAAACAGGAACGAACAGCCAUGAUUGAUGAGUUGUUUAAAUUGAUUCGGGCUGGGAAGUUACGAGAACCAGAUGCUCAGAUACAUGAUGUCAAGGACACAUCCGAUGCUUCUCAAGAAGCGUUUACAUCCGUUGUUGGAAAUACGCUGCAGGGGUUUAGUACUGGCAAGACUGUAUUAAAGUUUUGA